UCUUGAGAUAAACUUUUCACAGUAGCAGAGACGGCCAUAAAAUACAGUAAGGUUAAUUAGAUAAGUUAGGAUACAAAAAGCGUAUCUAUCUUGAGGUUUAUAAGAAUGUCAGUACAUACGUCAAUCCCCCCGAAGUCUCCAAUUCCUCCGCCGCUUGAUGCGGAUGAUAUUCCGCCUUCACCUCCACCAUCUGAGCAUUCAAAUGAAGAUCCUCACGAAGAACUGGUAAAGAUGCGGCUCGGGACAUCACCCCACCACACUAAUCCACGUUCUCGUACCCAAUAUGCGUGGAAGAGCAGUAUGCCUAUCGACGAGUAUCGGUUUGUCAGAGAGCAGAAACGAAACCAGAAGAAUAUUCCAACCACAUCAUCAGAUUACAAAGAACAACAUCUUAUCAUCGCUCACCGACUCGCUGAGCUGGAGAAACGCAGAGUUGGAACAAGAUAUAUUUCCAAGGAGCAAGCCAAACAACAAGAAUUGAAUCCAAAGGCAGCGGCACCGAAGAAAGACCCGCUUGCAAGCUGCGUUAUCAGCUAAACACUCGGUACAGAUGACUUUCGUUUCGAUGAUAUAUGCACCAAACUCCUGGAUCCUUCUUUCAUUCAAAAUAACUCGCUUUAUCUAAAAAAUUAAAGUCUGCCUCUGUUCGCAGCUAUUUUUAGUCCGAACGGUGCCCAAUUUAUUUCAAUUACCGAUAUUGUUGUUGGGCUAUUGUAAAGGUAUUUUAUUUUUUACUAACCGUUUGUGCCGGUCUGCUGCGCUGUUUGUAUAUUUCUUUCUACGCCUACUUUUUGUGAAGGAAAUCACGUUUUAUUUUGAAACCGUAAAAUAUUGUCGUAGCGGAGUGCGAAACCUGCCGCAAAUUGUGAAAUUACGUUGCGAUGACAUGCUAUAUAUACUCGGCAGUGGAACCUAUAUAUCUGUAUUAUGCUUUCGGCUCCUCGGUGGUAGAAGGAGCUGUUUCGCUCUGUGGGGGUUGGUCAGGCUCGUCUUCUUUUUCCUUCUCGUGUUUGUGUUUCUUUGACUUCUUAUGCUUACUGUACCGGUCGUCGUCUUCGUAGCGUCUGGGAAUAAAAUAUUUCACAUAUUUUG